CCUGACCACAGCUUCCCAAGGUGGGAAAUCCUUUGGUGGGUAGAUCCACAUGGCUACGAGGGGCAUCUCUCCCCAUUUUUCUGGGUCUGGUCAAUCCCUCAACAUGGACGGCUGAAAGUGAGAGGAGGAAGGGGAAGGAGAGAGAAAAGAGAAGUCCUCCAAGGGAUUUCAGUGACACAAGGUGAGAAAGAGGCCUCAGUGAAGCUGGAGCCAAACCCCAGAAUUGCCGUCUGCACAGGUUCCCCACCCACCGGUGCCCGAGCACAUGGGGAAAGUGCGUCCAUGCCUCCCAACGUCCCGCGAGGGGCAGAAGCAUCAGCUGCUUCUUCUGAGCACUCACUACCGGCCCUGCUGCACCUAAUCUUCAAAAUCCAGUUGAGAAGUGCAGCGAAGAGAUCAUUCACUGGGAGUCUUGCCCCGUCCAUCGGUGCCAAUGCAGAGAAGCAAAUCGGGAUAGAGAUAUGUCACUACUGUCUCUGA